CUUGAUUUUUCGGAGACCAGAGCCGAAAGCCCGUUUGUAUGACGCUUUUGGGAUCGACAUGGAUCACCAAACUUAGCACAAUAAAACAGCUAGCUUGGGAGCAUCUAUUAAUUUGCAAUUGUGGCAAGCACCUGAUAAGCAUUCAUCGUCAAAAAAUUAAAACACCGCACAACCCACAUGUCAGAUGAGUUACCACAAUGAAGUCGAGGCCACUAAAAGACAUGGCUGUCUUAUCGUUAAUUUCGUUUAGUCUGAAAGGCUGGUGUAAUUUGAUGAUUUUUUUCUUUACUUCCUUACCAAAAGAAAAAAGGAAAUAGACUAACGCUCGUGCCGAAAAUUCAAUUUAUUUAUUGAAAGACUCCUCUCCUUUAAAUUGCGGGGGCCAAUGAUUCCAUGAGCUCUGCCUGACUACUAAGAAGUUGUGGUAGACAUUCAACUUUAUUUAAUUGUUUCUUUUUAAUGACAUGAACAAAUUAACAGCAAAUUUUCCAAUCGCCUCAAACAUUGUGCUUUGCACCUGCCUCGUCAAUAGGAAAUGAAAGACCCGGGCGUUAGAAUUAGGUUUUCUGUUUUUAAAUCAAGUCAAAGCAGAUGAUUGAUACCUCACCUACAGAUUCAAGAGUUGGUAGUAAUAUUCAGCGAUUAUUCGACGAUUCUGAAAAAAUAUUUCGUCCUAGGUACUAUACCGGCUGUCAGAUAUUUCCAACAGGGCCCGUUUGGUCCUUGCCCCUACGGAGAAAAACAUGCCUUCGAUCGUUUUGGUUUGUUCGUUUGUUGUUGCUGUUAUAACAAGAACGUUGGUCUUUGCGUAACGAGUAGAGUUAUCGCUAAAUUAGCAAAGAACUCAGGAUAAACCGGCAACAUAAUUCAAAGACGCAUCAAGCCUCAUACAGCGACUAUACGAUGUCUGAAAGCGUGAACAUCUCCUUAGACACCUUAGGUGAUGUUGCAGGCGGGAGCAAUUCCUCUUUACAACAGAAUUGCACCAUAGUAGCAGUUUAUCUGGCACCAAGACAAGUUACCACAACCAUACAUGUCUUAACUUUGGUAGCAUCGCUGGUUGGUAACACGCUACUUAUUACGGCCUUCGUCAGGAUGAAAGAACCGAUCCUGCUGCUUAUUGCUAACAUGGCUGCAUCCGACCUUCUGGUGGCAGUGUUUUUAAUCCCUCGUCUAGUUACCAGAGAAGUCACCGGUUCUAACGUUUUUCUUGUUCACGGAGCGGGAGGCACGUUUCUCUGUAAGAUUUGCACUUCCCUUGGCGACAUGUCGUUGUCAGUGUCAACCCAAGGAUUAGUUUUGAUUGCCGUUGAACGAUUUUUAGCAGUUGUGUAUCCUGUACAGUAUAAAAAUAUCACCGUGAAAAUACGUCGCCUUCUCGUCGCUUCUACUUGGAUCAUGGCCGGCACAUUUCACUCGCCUUAUUUUUACACGUUUCGCCUGGUAGCCAGUGACAGUGGUAAUCUUCAAAUAUGUCAAGCAGUCUGGGGACCUGCUUUCGAUCACAAGUCAGCGCACCUUCACUACAACCUGUUUUUAUUUUCAACAGUCUUACUUUUACCGCUGCUUAUCACCUCAAUUUUAUACACUGCAAUUGUAUUCAAUCUCCGAAGAUGCAAAAUGGCAAUGUAUCGAAGUGAUAAUGGAGCAAUACGGGUUCGAAAACGAAACAGCAAUUUGCGAAGAAUGACUAUAGCUACUAUUUCAUCACCUUUAUUAUGCUGGAUGCUUUUUAUUGUGAUUACCUUUCUGAAACUCUUUUCCCCUGGAGCGGUUCCAAAGUGUAAUAGUAGUUUUAAGGUUGUAGAUUAUGUAUCUCGCGUACUGGCGAGCUCCUAUUGCGCGGUCAAUCCUUGCAUAUGUUUCUUUUUUGUACGUGAUUUUACCCGUGAGCUGGGUAUUAUUUGUAAACGAAAACGUCAUCAGUCUGCAAUUGAAGGCAGAAAAGUAGGAGUACAUUCUCUUACAGGCAAUAGCUGUCGCAUCGAGGUCAUUACUGAGUCCACACAAGCAGUAACAGUUUACACAAGCCCAGUGGGGAUAUUAGUCGAGUCGAAUGUUUAAGUAUAGCGUUUUAAGAUGUUUACUAUUCGAUAUCUUUACGCAGGGUUUCGUUCCGGUUCGUGCUUUAGCAAAGGCAAUUACAAAAGAGUUAAGGUCAUUACUGAGUCCACAAAAGCAGUAACAAGCAGUAACAGUUUACACAAGCCCAGUGGGGAUAUUAGUCGAGUCGAAUGUUUAGGUAUUGCGUUUUAAAGAUGAUUUACUAUUCAAUAUCUUUAUGCGGUUUCGUUCCCGUUCGUGCUUUAGCAAUGCAAUUACAAACGGGUUGCUUUCGAUUGCCAUUCACUUAAGUACAUAUACUUGAUGCAGUCUCUUAUAUCUUAACCGUUAUUCACGCCACAACAAAACUACUGAACCCAAAACAACACAUAAAUGAUGUAUAGAUGAACGACGAUGCGAAAUUAGUCCCCUUCAUUGGAGAAGACAUUACCUUUACUAUCUUUCAUUAUAGAAUUUAAACACGUAUACAAUCCAGAACUGUAAGUUUUAUCGUACAAUACUACCAGUUAGGCUGCGAGCAACAAGAAAAGAAAAUUUUGCUUGAUUAAACUUUUAAAAAUCUUUGUUAAAGUUCAUCAAAACAAGUUCCUCGUCCAGCAUUCAUAAUAGAAAAUUAGUUUUUGUUGGCUGACAGAAAAUUCUGUUUGAAUACCAGUCGUCAGCGUAUAACUUACAUGUGCUCACGGUGGCUUAUGAAAGACGAGAAUUUAUUCUUUAGUGUUUUGAUGUAUAAGUUACAAGUACCUGCGAUCGCGUGAAAACUCUCAACCGACUAAUGGGCGGUUCGCUUUAACUUAAGGGUGUAUGGCUUGGCUUAAUGGAUUUCCUUUUCAAUUGCAGCUGUUUCUAAGGCCAAAUAUAAAUGCUUGCAUUUGAAGAAUAAAAAGAUAUAUCAAAUCUAUCAGCGGCUCUUUAAAUAGCUUUUGCCGGAAACUCAACACGUGUUACUUAGUUUGAACGCUGGCCGCGACCAAUAAGGUAAAGCAACUGAAAGCAAUAGUUCAGGCUAUAUCAUGAACAAAAUUUUAAUAAUGUCAAUAUGAGUCAUGCGUUUAAUGGCAGCCAUGAUCAGAAUGAAAGUUCGAUUGUAGUCAUUAAAUAUGAAGCCGCCGUUCAGGUCUCUCUUCAGACAGGCGGGCUCGCAGAGGGGGGUGCUAAUUUUAACCGUUUAAACUUAUUUAUUUAUUUCUUUAUUUUUAUUUAUUUUUAAUCCAAGUAAAAUCCGCCAAACUUAGCGAUGUCUGAAGUGAUUUUGAUACUGAAUUCAUUAUUCUCUUGAAGUUCUUGAUUUUAUUACACGCAGUGUAAAUUUGUUUUAGCAAUUAUGUUUCAAUUUAAUUUUCAUCUGAAUUAGUUCUGAGUUAUUUUUUGUGGUUUUCGGGCUUUUCUGAGACAUCAAAAAUCCAAGAUGGAGCAUUUGCAUGUUAUAUGAAGUCAACAUCUCCUAAAGCUUACCGCAUUCGCAACAUUUGAUCGAAUGGAUCUAUCGAUCAAUUAACUAACAGAUCGAUUCAGCCAUCGAGGAAAAAGCCCGCCUGCGACAAUCAUAACCUUUUCCAUCUGCCUGUAAGGAUCACAGAAAAAAAUCCUAUCACGAAUUUACAGUAAUUAAUGUAAGUCCAGUGGCGGAUCCAGACUCUCAGCCGGGGGCUUUUCCUCCUUCAGUCAUUUCUUCUUUUUUCACCCAAAAUAAGGCGAUAGAUCCGCCACUGCAGAGAAAUCCCUGUUUUCUCAAAUUUAUCUAAACAACUAAUCAAACACUUUCAUAAAUCUUAUUUCCAGGAAUGUUCAAACCACACAUGACGAGUAAAAAUGUGCAGCGAUACUGGACAGUGAAAUGUCUUUUUAAGAGAUGUGUUAUCCAAAAUGUUUCUUUGUCUACAACCAAACGUUUAGCUGUUUUCUUUCUUCUUUUUUUUGCGUCGGACUUGCGUUUAGUACAACUAAGAGGACUGCAACUAGAGUAACCUGCUAAACCUGUUUCCUGGAGAACAAAUUCCUUAGGAGAGUAUAUUUGUACUUGUAAUCUUACUUGUUACGCGGGUUAUUUAUACUCUACGAGGUACAGUUGGAAAGUAAAACAAUAUUAACGUUGUAUGAAAGCCAAAACAUAACAGUGGUGUAUAGAUUUCGAAAUCUUUUUUAUUAUUACUGUCAUUUUUAAACUCAAACAGUGUAUAUACAAGGUUCAAGA